UGGGGAGGUGUCACUUUGGACAAGUCGAGGAUUGAAAUUUUAGUAUAACAAAGUUGAGUAGCACAUACUCAAGCCAAGAGUUUGAUGAACACUUUACCCAGUCGGGGGUUGGGCUACUUCUGCUUCGUAUUUUGCAUGAGAAGCGUGAGAGUCCCUUACAAAAACUCAUGGCAUUAAACUGGACGCUGGAGUGAGCGAAGGGAUAUCCAGGAGGAAACUAUGCACGAUAGAAAUGGAGAUAUUUGGGAUAUUUUCAAAUGGUUCUCUAGGAUUUGGCUUUUUAUCAGCAUCGAAACUAUAGUGUUGGUAUGCGGGCAAAAGGGAAAUGGGUGUGGUCACACAGUCCUCAGUCCCACCAGUGGCACGCUGGCUUCAAGGAACUUCCCAGGAACUUAUCCUAACCACACCCAGUGUGAGUGGAACCUAAGGGUCCCCGAAGGCCAGACACUGCUUUUCACUUUUGGGGACUUUGACUUGGAGAGGAGCCAAGACUGUAUAGCCGGCUCGCUUACCAUCACAGACAGAAGUGGAUCCACUAGAGUGGGUCCUAUGUGUGGGCAGCUGGACGCCAAGAAGAAAAACGUGUCUGUGAGUACUAAUGAAGUUACAGUACGUUUCAUCUCCGGCACUCACCGUUCAGGGCGGGGAUUUGUUAUCUCCUAUUCAACCAAUCAGCACUCAGAGCUUAUUUCAUGCCUGCAUCGAGGAACACACUUUUCAUCUCAGCAGAUCAGUGCAUUCUGUCCUGCAGGCUGCAAAGGUGUUGCAGGAGAAAUCUGGGGCUGGCAUGGGCAAGGAUACCGUGAUACCUCUGUUUUGUGUAAAGCUGCUACCCAUGCAGGGAUUAUUUCAGACAGUCUGGGUGGCAUGAUCACUGUUUCCCUUCAGAAGGGCAUCACUCUGUAUGAGUCGAACUUCGCCAAUGGCAUACUGUCAAAAACUGGUUCUUUAUCAGAUAAGCGGCUAGUCUUCAACAGAGAAUGUGACAGGGAGCUAAAGGUGCAGACUUACAACACUUCUUCAGUGUGGAUGGAGGUGAACAGACUAGGUCAGAAAGUCUCCUGGUCUCCAGGACAAGUCAACACUCAGUGGGCCGCAAGUUCUGAGGACAAGCAGCCGUGGCUGGAGCUUGAGCUGUGGAAUAAAAGUACUGUCACAGGUAUCAUAACAAAGGGUACGCCACACUACUACAUUGAAUCUUACACCCUCAUGUUCAGCAAAGACCGUAAAAACUGGAAAGUCUACAAAGCUCCAUCUAGCAAAGAGAAAAAGGUGUUUGAGGGCUAUUCUGAUGGUCAUGUGACAGUGCUUAACAGUCUGAUUCCACCAAUAAUAGCACGCUACAUUCUUCUGAAACCCCAGCAGUGGCACAUCAGGGCCUCUGCCCAAGUUCAAGUGCUGGGUUGCCCCUCUGCCCUUUUAAGGUCUCGUUCCUAUGGAGAUGAAAUGAACUCUGGCAAGGUGGUUAUCACAGAAUCCGUGUCUAUAGACACGCUCACCACUGAGGGUCCUGUCAUCACCAGAAGCUCAGGACCCAGUCAGGCAGUGAUAUUGGUGGCAGGAAUGGUUUUGGGUGCUGCUCUUUGUUUCAGUUGCCUAUUAGCUGGGCUCAUCUGGUGGAAAAGAAAAAGAAACGCACAACUAAAGAAAUUCUGUGUUGACCAAGGUCGUCAGGGUUUCCAGGCAAAGAGACCUCCAUGUACAAACCCUGAGCUUGUGUCUUACCCUCUGGUUCGAAACGUCCACGAUGCCCUCCCCAACCCUCCUCUCAAUGACUAUGCUGAGCCCGAUGUUGUCGCAGGGCAAAUGGUGGGUCUCACGUUCCGACCCACGAUGGAAGAGGGUUACACCGUCCCCUACGCCCUCAACCACUAUGACACCCCAGGAGAACAUCCUGAAUACACUUAUCCUAUGCCCCGCGAACCAGAAUAUGCAACACCCUUCGGGGAAACUCCCAUAGACUCUGUCAUAUCCUCACCAGUGCACAGUCGACAUAACCCCAACCUACCCGUGUGUGGAUCCACACAGUGCACAACAACACAACAACAGUACGAUUGCCCUGCACACAGAGUGAUCUCUAAUGGAUACUGUACUCCAGUCACACAUCAUACUAACCAAUGUAAGACUAAUGUGAUCUACACUGAGCCCCAGACAGUACAACCAAUAUUGCAUACUUACCAUGAACCACUUUGAGACAGCGUGGCAUCUGCUAUAGAAGACCCCUUUGUCUAUUCCUUUUGUUGUUUUUUUUUUGCUGUUUUGAAGAACUAUUUGUUUUUAAAGAAAGCAUGACAUCGGCUAAUUUGAUUAAAAAUGAUAAUAAUAUUUUUACUGCUGUGUUUACACCAAUUAAGUACUGUGGC